AUGAUGACCCAGCUGAUUCAUUGUAGUACAGAGUUACCAGUCAGUCCCGCAAGAUUGCUGUCAAAGCCCGGGGAACUCACAACCAUAGACCAUUAUUUACGAAUCUACAACUUCACCACUGUAAAAAACCUGAAUGAUAGCUCAAUUGUCACCAUAAAGGACAUACCGGAGAACGUCACCGUCUCGCAAUAUGGCGCCUUCUGGGCCGAUUCGAAGCGCGUCUAUAUGGUUGGUGGCGAUGUCAACAGGGAAGGCUGGCUUGAUCGCGAUGGUAAAAUGUACCCAAUCAACUACACGGAUGCGACAGGCGGAGCUAUUUUCUCGUAUGAUGUCGAGGCUGAUGAGUGGAAUAAUGAACCAGCUGUACAGCCUAAUGACGGCUCUUCUGCUCGGGGCCCAUUUUGUUGCGGCUCCUUCGCCUACAACGCACCGGCAGGAAAAGCGUACUUCUAUUCCGGCCUGAAUGGGGAUGCAAAGAAUAAAUUGGAUCCGUUCAAUUCUCCUAUGUUCGGGACCAACGAGAACCAGACCGAGUAUUCUGGGAGUAGCAGUCUGUUGACGUUCGAUGCGGCCAGUUUCAAAUGGAGUAACUCUAGCCUUGAUACGAAGGCUCUUACUACAGGAACCUCAGGAACCGUGGGCGGGCGAUUUGCUUUCCUGCCAUUGACACAAUCCGCGAACGGAGGAAUCGGGGUACUCAUCGGUGGCAGACAGAGGCAGGAUGUUGCGGAUGAAGCCUGGGGCCAGAUGGAAUCCAUGCGCGAGGUUCUUGUGUACGACACUGCAUCCGACAAUUGGUACAGGCAACCUACCACGGCAGACGAUGACGACUAUCCCACUGGUCGCUGGAUAUUCUGUAUGACUGCUGUUAGCGCUCCCGACAACAGCAGCCACAGCAUUUACAUGUACGGCGGAGACACAAAAGGCGGCAUCGAUGACGCACAAUCCGACAUGUGGAUUCUGACUGUACCUUCGUUUCACUGGCUGCGGGUCAAGGUCGACUCCCCGCGCCGAAAAGGCCUCGCAUGUACAACCGUCGGACAGCGCUACAUGCUGACGUAUGGCGGGUUGGAAGCUUAUCACGAGGGCCAAAACAUUUCCUGUGACUCAGAAAAUCAUGGACUCCGGCUUUUCGAUCUGUCGGAAUUGGAAUGGACCACCCAGUACGAUGGACCUGCAGCUGUAGGCAAGAACCCCUACAAGGUCCCUAAGAUCGUAUACGAUGCCAUUGGCGGUAGCGAGCAAGGAAAGGCCACCAAAACUGCCCCAAGUGCAGGUUUUAGGAGUGCUGAAUUGGCGGCCCUAUUCCAACAAUCGACUCCCACAGAAACAGAGGCGAGACCCUCCCAAAUGACAACUCAAACCCCAAUCGGGAAGACCAAUACAGGCGCUAUUGCUGGGGGCGUACUCGGCGGUCUUGUUGGCCUGGCAGUCAUUCUAGUAGGGAUUUUGUGCUUGCUUCGACGGAAGCAGCAGCAGAAUGAACCUCUGGUGGAGACGCUAGUGCAGCCAACAGAAUACUACAAAUACGAGCUGCAUCAUGAACACCUGGGAGAAUUGCCAGAACAGCAGGUGGCCCAUCACAUUGGAAGCGAGCAGGACCAGUUACCUCAUGAGCUGCCACAUGAGCCGAUUGAGCUGCCAGUGGCGAUGACGACCAGAAACGAACGCGAUGGGGGCGACACGAUGUCCAACGCUGACCUGUACGAGGGCCCGCAGUCGCCGCAUGGCCGGACCCGUGGCUGA